UGCUUUCCUUCCUCAGUUGCAUCUUAAGCCGGGGAGCCGGCGAGGACCCGGUCCAUCCAUCAUCUCCCGGGGUGUUGCAACCGGAGCAUGGCGCUGCCGAGGAUCUUGUGAACGGGAACCCACCCGUGAUCUUCCUUUCGGCGAGAAACAUGUGAGCUGCAAAGGGAGGAGAGAUGGAGAGCUGGAGGAGGACAUAUCUCUCGAGGACGGACAAUGAGCGAUGAUUUGGGCGCAUGGGAAAACGCGACGACGACGGGAGGUGUGACGACAGUGCCUGGCGAGGUGAAGACCCACGAUGGGUAUGUCCUGCUGCUGGUACUUCUCUCCAUCUUUAUCGGGGGGACCCUGGUGCUUCUGUUCGGCAUCCUGAUCGUCUGCCGGCGCUGUUGCGAGCCAGACCGGCGGCACUCCAGAGCCAGCGAUGACCCCGAAAAAACAAACACUACCUAUCUGGAUGACUCCCAGCCGGCUCAAGAUAUCACCAUUAAGGUGGAUGACCCCGAUUGCAUGUCGAGCUCCAGUUACCGAGACGCGGAGAGCGAGAGGUUCCUCUCUUCGGGAAGCGCCACGGGGCGACGGGUGUCCUUCAACGAGGCUGCCCUCUUCGAGCAGAGCAAGAAGACCCAGGAGAAAGGGAGGAGGUACACCCUGACCGAGGGAGACUUCCACCACCUGAAGAACGCCCGCCUCAGCCACCUGCCCUUGCCCCCGUCCGCCGCCCUCAAGAUCAUCACUAUCCACGAGUCCAACGAGAACAGCAUCGCCAUGACGCCCCGGCGGCCCCCAGCCAAGCCCAGCCUGGCCAUCUUCCAGCAUCCCUUGCCGGAGACGGCACUGACCAGCCAUGGAACCUGCUCCAGUUCUGCCUUGCCGGGAGACACCUAUAAUUCCACCGUCGAGGCUGGUUCCUCCGCUUCAUCGGACUCCGGCGAAGGCACCUCGUCCGACAGCGCCGGCCAGAGUCCCAAGGGUGCUGGAGGGGGCGGUGCCGGGGAGCCCCCACCGGCCCCUGCCCAGGGCACCGUCCUUCACUUCUUCACCCGUCUGCGCCGCCAUGCCAGCCUGGAAGGCGCCGGGCCCUACUUUCGGAUCAAGAAGUGGAAGCUGGAGACGAGCCAGAGAGCUUCUAGCCUGGACACGCGAGGCUCUCCGAAACGGCACCAGUUCCAGCGGCAGAGGGCCGCCAGCGAGAGCAUGGACCAGGAAGACCGCGACCCCCACCAGACGGACAUCAUCCAAUACAUCGCCCGGACGGAUGACGUGGCGUUCAGGCCCGUCGGCGGGCCAUUCCUGCCCGCUCCAGCCAGCUCCACCUUAUCCCUCGGCAGGGUAGAGUCGUCGGAGCAACCCAGCCCCCCCUCCGCUGAGCCCCCCGCUUUGGAGACGCCGCUGCCGCCGCCACCCACCCCCCUUUACCAUGACAUCUGGAGCCUGCGGGCCUCGUUGGAGAUGUACGCUUCGUCGGAGCAGGGCAACGACCGGGACUCGGUGCGCAGCGACGGCGGGGAGAGCAUCUCUUCGAGCGGCGGCUUGCCCAGCUUCCCUUCUUCCUUGGCGGACGAGGCCGAAGGAGGAGAGGACAGGUUGUCGGGGAAAACUAAGCAGGACAGCGUGGAGUCAGAGGCCGGCACCCGGAAGCUCCUGCAGAUGGACAGUGGCUACGCCUCUAUUGAGGCUCCCGGAGGGCGCGUCGGCGAGGACCAGACGGCCUCGGAGAAGCGCUACUGCUUCACCAGCGCGGGCCGCCGAGCCACCAUCUUCGAGAGUUUCGAGGGCCAAGAACCGGAGGAGGAAGACGAGUCCGCGGAAGGGGCGUCCGGUGGGCCGCCGGCCCCGCAGAGCCCGCUGGUUUGGGCCCCGUACGGGCAGCUCUUCCCCACCCGGGACGCUCUGCCCCGCCGGGACUACAGCAUCGACGAGAAGACGGACGCCCUCUUCAACGCCUUCGUCCGCCACGACCCUCAGUUCGACGAGUCGCCGCUGCGGGCCAAGCACCGUUCCCGGACGCACCUCCGGAAGCAGUGGCAGCGUGCCAAACAGUACAGCGACCCCGGCGUCCGGUACCCGCCCGCCCUGGAGAGGCACCGCACGCCGUUGCGGAGGGGCGACAGCGUCAACUACCCGCUCGAGGGCCGCUACCAGAGCACUUUGCCCCGCAUCGUCAGCGCCGGGGACGAGGAGGCGGCACCGGCGGAGGCAGAAGCCGGCAACAAAAUCCAGGUGAUAGAAGAGGAGCCGCCGGAGGAAGCCAAGCUGCCGCCCGACCCUUAUGGCAGCGGCUGCCCCGAUGACGGGCAUUGCCCGGGCCUGGGUGUCUUCGGCAAUGAACUGAUGGACAAGAUAACCGGGGGGUUGGAGGAAAGGAUGUACGGGCGCUUGAAAAAACCGAGAGAGAGUCCAGAGUGCGUCGUGGCUGUGGCAGACGCCUCCCCUGACCACAGCCCGGAGUAGAGGAGCAGGGGGAUGCCGUUGACUUCAGGGCGAGGUAGCCGUCGCGCUCUCCCCAGUCACCCCCUUCUCCCCCGGUGCCGGCAUGGGAUUUGCCAGCCGACCGGGGCAACGGGGCACACGCCAGGGCUGCCAAAGAGGUUGCACUAUCUCGGAGCACUGCGGUCCUGCUCGGGCGGGUACCACGCAAGGGACGUCGCUGCAUCCUAGGGGAGUCGCCAUCCCGCAGACAUCCCUGUCUCUAGGGAGUCCGCGGAGGGUCGAGGGAAACUCUGGUCAAGGCUGCAUCUGUCCGACGGGCAGCAGCAGGCCCUUAGGCUUGGCCUUCUGCUUGCGAGGGGCCGCGGAGGGUGGGAUCUUGCUCCCGGCAGCCUCUGCUCCUUUCUCGCAGGUGCCCGAGAGGGGUU